AUGUUUUCAAAGAUCAAAAACUUCUCUGAAGAUGUGGCCAAGAGUCUUAGUGAUCUUAAUUUGGCGGAUCAACAGACUCAAUCACAACAACAAAAACCAGACCCAUUGGCUCAACUACAACGGAAUGCACGAAUAUUACAAACAGAGACACCAGACUCCGACCAAUUGAUUCAACCAAAAGACGAACUGGAGUCUGAUGUGCAAUCUCGAGUAUCAACACCACCCAAUAGUCUGAUCGAGACACCUCCACAACAACAACAAUCACAACAGCCACAAAACUCAACCAUCAAUAUUGACAAUUUACCUCCCUCGAUUAGGUCGAAAAUGAAGAAAUUUGCCAAAUAUGAAGAGAAGUACCCCGUUUUGUUGGAAGCGUACAAAGUUGAAAAGAAAAAGACAGAAUUGAUCAAAAUUUUCGACAACGUGCUUAGAGAAAACACUCCGGUGUCGUCCAUAUCUGAAGCAAAAACACUUAUUGACUACCUCAAUGGCUUAAAUGAGAAAACGAAGCUACAGAGUAAUGAAAUUAGGAAGUUGACCAAGGAAAACUCUGUCCUCACAUUCAAGAUUGCCAAGUACGAACAGGAUGGAGAGGAUGCGGUGUUUCGAAAGAUUGAGGAUUUGAAAAAGGAAAACAACGGGUUAAAGCAACAAAUAAAUGCACAUGAAAACGAUGUCGUAAAGUUAAAAGAAGAGAAACUCGAACUUGAGAAAAGAGUUGAAGAGACGGAAAAGUCUGUUGCAAAAGAAGGAAACGUUGAAAUGCCUGAUCAACUGAAGCGUUUGUCUGAUGUCGAUGAUAAGGAAUUGGUAGAGGUUAGGAAUAAACUUCAACUGAGGGAUACAGAGCUUGAGAAACUUGCAGGUGAACUUCAGGUUGCAAAUAAAGCCUUGGCUGAAAAGAGGGACGAAAUUGAAGAUUUAAGAGAUCUGAUGAAAGAUAUUGGAAAUGACUUGGUAACGGCGAGGGAGGAAAUUAAGGAUUUGAAGCUGAAGGGAGAGGUCGGAAGUUCCAAUGGAGAUGUAGUAGACGCUUCGUAUCAAGGUGCGGAUGCCGAACUCCGAAAGCAGGUCUCUUUACUAUCCGGCAAAGUCGAGUCAUUGACGGAUACAGUAUCUCAAAAAAUGGCUGAAGUGAAAGACUUGCAAACACAAAUUUCUAAGUUAGAAGAUGAAUCGCAUAAAGAACAAUUAGCAAACAAGCAAUCAGAAGAUAAUCUUCGAAAAGAAAUACUGACAUUGAAAAAGGAGUUGCAAGAGCAAAAUGAAAAGUUGAACGCCACUGAAAAGGAUUUGAAUGUUCAAAAAGAAGAGAAAACAAAGUUGGAGGAAAGAUUGCAAGAGUGUUCCAAUGCCAAAAGCAACCAUGCUUCAUACAAGUUAGAAAUUUCGUCAUUACAAUCCAAUUUGACCCACAAGGAGGAGACAAUAAAGGAUCUCAGAGAAAAAGUAAAGUCACUAAAUGAAGCCAACACUGUACUUCAAUCAAGAAUUGACAAGUUAGAAAGCGCAAAUAACGAGUUACAAUCCAAUUACAUGGAAUCACUUAGAAAUAAGAAUGAGCUUUUGACCAAACAGGAAUCAUUCAUUGAAAAUGAGAAAUCGUUAAAUGUGCAAUUGUCAAAGUUACAAAAGGAGAAACAAGAGAUUCGCAAUGAGUUGGAAAGCACACGAAGUAGCUUAGAUAAAUUAUUAUCUGAGAAACUGACAGCUAGUAACGAUGUUCAGCUGUACAAGAGACAAUACGAUGAAUUGACCAUGAAGUCAAAAGAGUAUAACUUAAGAAUUGAAAGCUUAGAAGAUGACUUAUCAGAAAGUCGAAAUUUGUUGCAAGAAAAGACAAGAGAAGGGGGAAAUUUGAGACGAUUGUUGAUUGAGGCAGAUGAAAUGAUGAGACAAAAGGAUUCCGACCACAAAAUAGAGCUUAGAAGGCUAGAAGAUGAAAGGACUGAGUUGGAGCGGAAUAGUGCAAAAUUGAUCAAAAAGAAGCAAAAGGAAAUUGAUGAAAUGAAUGCGACAUUAGCUCAAUUCAAACUACGCAUUGCAAAUCUCGAAGAUAAACUUAAAGGUUCAGCCUCUGCAUCACAUAAUGAGGCAGCUAUUGACACCCACCAAGUGGAUUCAGAAUUGCAACUGCAAAUAGAUACUUUAAGGGAAGCACUUUCGGCUUCAUCAAACAAGGUUAAAGAUUACGAGAAGUUGAACACCACUUUGAAGAAGUUAAAUGAGGAAAAUAUUUCCAAAUUUGAGAGACUCUCUAAAAACUAUAAGCUACUUACUCAGCAAUACAGAUUGAUGAAGGACAAUGAAAGUCGACGCGGGUCAGCUGAGAGUGUAACCUCCAUUGCCAAUGGAAACGAAAGAGAAAGUUUGGAUGAGAAGAAGGGAAAGGAAAAACAAGCUGAUACUAAUAUUGCAUACUUGAAAAACGUUCUACUUGGAUAUUUUGAGCAUAAAGAGCAACGAGAACAAUUGUUGCCAGUUUUAAAGACUUUAUUUCAGUUUUCCAAAGAUGAUGAGGAUAAGUUUUUGAUAGCGUUAAAGUAG